AUAGGGGCGGGGCUGCGGACGGCUCCGGUGUCUCUCCGAUUUCCGGCCAUCUCCCGGAGAGUCGCGCAGAGUGGAGCUAGUGGUCGCCAGUGCUCACUGAGGUCUCUGGGUAUCGGGACCGCGGCGGCGGCCCCGCGGGCGGGAUGUUCCGGGGCUUGAGCAGUUGGUUGGGCUUGCAGCAGCCGGCGGCGGGCGGUGGGCAGCCCAAGGGAGAAGGGCAGCCUGACGGCUCCGCUCCCCCCGAGCAGCCAUCCGAGACGGUGGCUGAGUCCGCGGAGGAGGAGCUGCAGCCAGCGGGAGACCACGAGAUCCUCCACCAGGCCAAAGACUUCGGCAACUAUCUAUUUAACUUUGCAUCUGCCGCCACAAAAAAGAUAACUGAAUCAGUUGCUGAAACAGCACAAACGAUAAAGAAAUCCGUAGAAGAAGGAAAAAUCGAUGACAUCAUUGACAAGACAAUUAUAGGAGAUUUUCAGAAGGAACAGAAAAAAUUUGUUGAAGAACAACAUACAAAGAAGUCAGAAGCAGCUGUGCCCCCAUGGGUUGACACUAAUGAUGAAGAAACAAUUCAACAACAGAUUUUGGCCUUAUCAGCUGACAAGAGGAAUUUCCUUCGUGACCCUCCAGCUGGCGUGCAAUUUAAUUUCGACUUUGAUCAGAUGUACCCCGUGGCCCUGGUCAUGCUCCAGGAGGAUGAACUGCUGAGCAGGAUGAGAUUCGCCCUGGUUCCUAAACUUGUGAAGGAAGAAGUGUUCUGGAGGAACUACUUUUACCGCGUCUCCCUGAUUAAGCAGUCAGCCCAGCUCACAGCCCUCGCUGCACAACAGCAGGCCGCAGGGAAGGAGGAGAAGAGCAAUGGCAGAGAGCAGGAUUUGCCACUGACAGAGGCAGUACGGCCCAAAACGCCACCCGUUGUAAUCAAAUCUCAGCUUAAAACUCAAGAGGAUGAGGAAGACAUUUCUACUAGCCCAGGUGUUUCUGAGUUUGUCAGUGAUGCCUUUGAUGCCUGUAACCUAAAUCAGGAAGAUCUGAGGAAAGAAAUGGAGCAACUAGUGCUUGACAAAAAGCAAGAGGAGACAGCCAUAUUGGAAGAGGAUUCUGCAGAUUGGGAAAAAGAACUGCAGCAGGAACUUCAAGAAUAUGAAGUGGUGACAGAAUCAGAAAAACGAGAUGAAAACUGGGAUAAGGAAAUAGAGAAAAUGCUUCAAGAGGAAAAUUAGCUGUUUCUGAAAGAGAAGAAUAAUCCUUAACAGUCUCCAAACUGACAUUAAAUUCUAGAUGUUGACACUUACUGAAUCAGAAGGUAUAAAAGAGUAUAACUUUAUGAAAUUCAAAUUUUUCCUUUUUUCAAGUGGAAACUUGCCUCUUCUACUUUAAAAAAGUAUAUAGAGGGCCAGGUGCAGUGGCUCAAGCCUGUAAUCCCAGCACUUUGGGAGGCUGAGGCGGGUGGAUCACGAGGUCAAGAGAUCCAGACCAUCCUGGUCAACAUGGUGAAACCCCGUCUCUACUAAAAAUAUAAAAAAUUAGCUGGGCAUGGUGGCACGUGCCUGUAAUCCCAGCUACUCAGGAGGCUGAGGCAGGAGAAUUGCCUGAACCCAGGAGGCGGAGGUUGCGGUGAGCCAAGAUCGCGCCAUUGCACUCCAGCCUGGGUAACAAGAGCGAAACUCCGUCUCAAAAAAAAAAGUAUAUAGAACAGUUACUUCUAAUAAACAGAAAGAUGUUUUGUAGAACAUUUCUUUAAUAUGAAUCAAGUUAGAGAUGGCUUUGUAGGCAGUAUGGCUAUCUUUGCCACAGAAACAUAAGCAAAAUUUUAAGAGUUCUGUUUUCCAUGAGGUCAAAAAUAUAAUUUAUUCCUCAGUCGUGAUUUUCUAAGUAUCUGUACUCUGCAUUCCAUUUUCCUUGAUAGGUGGGUGUUAAAGCACAUACUUAAUGGGUUGAUUACUAUCAAAAUGACCAAAUUAUACCAAAGAACUUAAGAGGAAGCACUUUUAGAACUAUUCGCUUGUCAGGUAUUUUCUAAAAUUCCACCUGAAAGCCGAAAUAUAUAAUAAAUAAGUUGAUUUUAAUGAUAUAAACACCACACAAUUUGACAUUAAGAAAUACAGUGCAGCCCAGGCAUGGUGGCUCAACACUUGUAAUCCCAACACUUUGGGAGGCUGAGGUGGGCAAAUCACCUGAGGUCAGGAGUUCAAGACCAGCCUGGCCAACAUAGUGAAACCCCAGCUCUACUAAAAAUACAAAAAGUAGCUGGGCCUGGUGGCAGGCACCUAUAAUCCCAGCUACUAGGGAGGCCGAGGCAGGAGAAUCUUGAAGCUGUGAGGCGGAAGUUGCAGUGAGCCGAGAUCAUGCCACUACACUCCAGCCUGGGCAACAGACUGAGACUCAAUCUCAAAAAAAAAACAAAAAACUGCAAAACAUUUGUUUUUCUCUGGGGCCUUUUCUUUCUUUCUUUUCUUUUUAAACUAUACCAGAAAUUUUACAUCAGAGUUUUUAUACAAAGUAGGACCUUCCAUCCUUUUGUAUUAUAAUAACCUUCAGAAGCCCAUUCCCCUUAAAGUCUGUUGUUCUUGUUUGAAUCAUCACCACAUGUAAAUGUUUUAGCUUUAUCUUAAACUGUGAGUCUUCAUAAAAUUGUAUUCCUCCAAGUUCACCUUCUAGAACUUUAUUGAUUAAUCCUACUGUAUUCUGCUACACAUGUUCAUAGAAUAUGAUUUUUUCUUUUCUUUUUUUUUUUUUUUUUUUUGAGACGGAGUUUCGCUGUUGUUACCCAGGCUGGAGUGCAAUGGCACGAUCUCGGCUCACCGCAACCUCCACCUCCUGGAUUCAAGCAAUUCUCUUCCCUCAGCCUCCCGAGUAGCUGGGACUACAGGUGCACACCACCAUGCCCAGCUAAUUUUUGUAUUUUUAGUAGAGACGGGGUUUCACCUUGUUGACCAGGAUGGUCUCGAUCUCUUGACCUCAUGAUCCACCCGCCUCGGCCUCCCAAAGUGCUGGGAUUAUAGGCGUGAGCCAUCGCGCCGGGCCCAAAUGUACUAAAAUUCUUAUUGAAAAAUGUUGAAUAGGGCCGGGCGUGGUGGCUCACGCCUGUUAUCCAAGCAUUUUGGAGGCCAAGGCGGGCAGAUCACCUGAGGUCAGGAGUUCAAGACCAGCCUGACCAACUUGGCGAAACCUUGUUUUAAAAUAAAUAAAUAAAUAAAAUGUUGAAAAAAACACACAGAAAAGUAUCAGAGAAAGAGAAAAACCCUAAAAUGACAGUAGAGGUGUGUGACAGUUAUUGCUUUCAAUUUUACAUAAUAUUGCAUUACAAACAACUUAAUUAUUCAUUGCUCUGUGAAAAUAAAAGGAUAAAAUAAGGUUUUGUAUGUACUGUAAGAAUACAGUUGUGCUGUAUUUUUAUGGAUUCAUCAAGGAGUAAAAUGUUCUGCUUUAGUAAAUUACGCAGGUAACUGAAGUGUUGUUAUUCCUUUAAAGAUCAAAGUAAUGCAUCACCAUGUUUGGUGGAAAUUUUCUAAGUAUUUAUUACAUGCUUAGGGAUUAGCUGACAAGAUAUACCAAACAUGAAAACCUGUAAAACUGAUUAAAAUACCAAAAUAUGAACAUCACACUAUGGAGAUUAUGCCUCACUACUCAGAGUGUGGCUCAGGAACCAGUGUGUGUAGCCCUGCACUGAUAGUUUGUUAGAAAUGCACGGUCUCAAGCCUGCCCCAGACCAGCUGAUGUUACCAAGAACCCCCAGGGGAUGAGAACAGACAUUAAAGACUCAAGGGCCGAACAUGGUGGCUCACACCUGUAAUCCCAGCACUUUGGUAGGCUGAGGCAGGCAGAUUGUUUGAGCUCAGGAGUUCAAGACCAGCCUGGGCAACAGAGAGAGAUCCCUGCCUCUACAGAAAUACAAAUCAGCCAGCUGUGGUGGUCCACACCUAUGGUCCUAGCUAGUUGGAAGGCUGAGGCAGGAGGAUUGCUUGAGCCGAGAUCAAGGCUGCAGCCAGCCAUGGUCAUGCCACUGCACUCUAGCCUGGGUGAUAGAGACCCUGUUUCAAAAAAAAAAAAAGGCCAGAGUUUUUAGGGGGAUGAGAAAUAUUCUUGGUAAAUUAAGCUUUUUUUUUGGAGACAGUCUUGCUCUGUCGCCCAGGCUGGAGUGAAGUGGUGCUACCUCAGCUCACUGCAACCUCCGCCUCCCAAGUUCAAGUGAUUCUCCUGCCUCAGCCUUGGGAGGAGCUGGAACUACAGGCAUGCACCACCACGCCCAGCUAAAUUUUUUGUUUGUUUUUUUUUUUUUUUUUUUUUUGAGACGGAGUUUCGCUCUUGUUACCCAGGCUGGAGUGCAAUGGCGCGAUCUCGGCUCACUGCAACCUCCACCUCCUGGGUUCAGGCAAUUCUCCUAGCUCAGCCUCCUGAGUAGCUGGGAUUACAGGCAUGCGCCACCAUGCCCAAAUAUUUUUGUAUUUUUAGUAAAAACGGGGUUUCUCCAUGUUGGUCAGGCUGGUCUUGAACUCCCGACCUCAGGUGAUAAGCCCGCUUUGGCCUCCAAAGUGCUCGGAUUACAGGUGUGAGCCACCGCGCCCGGCCUCCCUACUCCAUUUUUAACUAAACAUUUUUUAAUUAGGAAAAUUAGGCACAUAAAUGUUAAACUUAAUUUUAGCAAAUUUAGUUUUCAACUUUUUUUUUUUUUUUUUUUUUUUGGGACAAGGCUCACUGUUGCCUGGCAGGAGUGCAAUGGGGCAAUCUUGGCUCACUGCAACCUCUGCCUCCCGGGCUCAAGCGAUUCUCCUGCCUCAGCCUCCCGAGUAGCUGGGAUUGCAGGCACACAUCACCACACCUGGCUAAUUUUUGUAUUUUAUUUUUCCUCUUUUUUUAUUUUUAUUUUCAGUCUGUGCUUAUUCAUUAUAAUUUUUAUAUUUUUAAUAGACACGGGGUUUCACCAUGUUGGCCAGGCUGGUCACGAACUCCUGACCCUCAGGUGAUCCACCCGCCUCAGCCUCUCAAAGUGAUGGGAUUACAAGCAUGAGCCAUCAUGCCCAGCCAGUUUUCAACUUUUAAAAGUAAAAGUGGCAGAAAUGUUUUGUUUUGUUUUGUUUUGCUUUGCUUUUUGAGAAAAGGUCUCGCUGUUGCUGUGUCACCCAGGUUGGAGUGCAGUGGUGGGAUCUCAGCUCACUGCAGCCUCCACCUCCCAGGCUCAAGGGAUCCUCUCAGCUCAGCUCCCUAGCAGCUGGGACCGUAGGCACACGCCACCACGCCUGGCUAAUUUUUGUAUUUUUUGUAGAGAUGGGUGUCUCCUCGUAUUGCUCAGGUGAUCCAUUUGCUUCCGCCUUCCAAAGUGCUUAUUAUUGGCAUAAGCCACCGUGCUCGGCCAAAAGUGGCAGAAAAAUUGAUAUGGUUUAUAAUCAGUUUUAUUGUGGAGAAGAUGGGCCAUUUUAAUGAAUAAUUACUUCUAUUGACUACUGAGUCAUGACAUGAAAAAUACACAUGAAGCUAAUCACGUGCAGUUAUACAGUUAUCACAAAUCAUCCAAUUACUUGUCUGGUCUUCACACUAAGGGGUUUUCUUAGAUAAAGCCAUCUGUGAUUUCAGUUGUUAAAAGUGUGACUUUUUAAACAUUUAUUCAAUGCAUCCUGAUUUAUUUCACAAUGAAAAAUUAUGUACCCUUUUUUUUUCUGAAUAAAUAAACCUCAUUGUUAGUGACAAAGUGUUAA